AUGCCAAUUUUAAAUAGUGUUACAUUAUUCUCAAUAUAGACUGUUUCAGAUGUAGAGGAUAAGAAAUAUAAUGAGAAUUUUGAUUGUUUGAUAGAGAUAGUGAUGAAGGAAUUAUAAGAACUAUUGAUCUCUAUUGAUUAUGUUUUGAUGAAUACGAAUUAGGUGAUUACAUAAAGAGUUAGAGGAUUCUGAAGGUUAAGGUAUCAGAUAAGAUGCCUUGUUCAUUUUGUCAGUAAGAAAAAAGAGGGAGCAGGAUGGAGAAGAAUAACUGAUUGGAGGUAGAAUGGUGAAUUUAAGGAUUAGCCUUUAAAUCAGUAGAUCUAGAAAACACAGGGUAUAAUAUUAGAGUGAGCAAUUUAAGGAAUUGUCAAUGACUAUGGAGUAUAGAUUUAAUGAGAAUGAAGC